UACGGCCCGCGGGCCGGAACCGGCCCCCAAGGAGGUUCGAUCAGGCCCGCAGGAUAAUUUGAAAGUGGAAAAAAUGCAUAAAAAACAUGGAAUUAAUAUUUUUAAUUUGCUGCAAUUCAUGGAUUAUCCGCUAAGGGGCGCACUCUUUCCAUCAGAGUAGAAGACAAGCCGCAUCACUGAGACAGACUGAAAACAGCAGACGGUAUCAAUGCGCCAUCUGCUGCUUGUUACGACGUUGUUAAUACAUUGGUCUCUACCUCUCCGCUACACCCUCAUUAGCCAAAAUGUCGUUAUCCAAACGGAGAAAAGUAGAUAAGGAGUGUAGAAUUUUCAAAGAAAAAUGGACCACGUCCUAUUUAUUUACAGAGAUGCACGGAAAACCUUUGUGCUUGGUGUGUUUGCAACAAGUUUCGGUAUUGAAGGAAUAUAAUAUUCGACGCCACUACGAGACUCAUCACAGCGAAAAAUAUGACGGCUUGCAAGGACAACUGAGAAGAGAUAAGAUUAACGAAUUGCUGGCGGGUCUGAGGAAACAGCAGUCAACUUUCAUCAAGAGCCGAGAAGUCAGUGAAGCAGCGGUAAAAGCCAGCUACCUAAUUGCUAGCGAAAUAGCAUUAGCAUCGAAGCCGUAUUCCGACGGUGACUUUGUUAAACGAUGCAUGAUGAAGGCGGCUGAACUUGUAUGUCCCGAGAAGCGACAAGCUUUUGCCAAUAUUAGCCUGACGAGGAAUACUAUAGCAGAGAGGAUUUUGGAACUAUCGGCAGAUUUAGACAGUCAAUUGAAACAGAGAGCCAAGUCAUUUAUUGCAUUUUCCGUGGCAAUUGACGAGAGCACUGACAUCACAGACGUGGCCCAACUGGCCAUAUUUAUUCGAGGAGUUGAUGAGACAUUGACUGUUACUGAAGAGUUUCUUGAGUUGGUGCCAAUGAUGGACACCACAACAGCCGAGGACAUUUUCGGCUCUGUCGUUGCUGCAUUGGACAGAGUUGGAGUGGACUGGUCCCGCGCUGUCAGCCUGGCUACAGACGGCGCACCAUCCAUGGUCGGAAAGAAAGCAGGUGUCGCGACAAAGUUCAAAGACAAAGUACAAGCCCUUAAUGGAGGAGAUCGUUUCUGGACAUUUCACUGUAUUUUGCACCAGGAGGCAUUGUGUUGCAAGUCGCUGAAAAUGGACCACGUCAUGGAGGUGGUUGUUCGCACUGUAAAUUUCAUCCGGUCCAGAGGUCUGAACCAUCGUCAGUUUGACAAACUUCUCAGCGACAGCAACAUUACCCACAGCCUGCCAUACCACACUGAAGUGAGAUGGUUAAGCCGAGGCGCUGUGCUGAGGCAUUUCUUUGAUCUACGAGAGGAAAUCGGACAGUUCAUGGAGAAAAAAGGAAAACCGGUGUUGGAAUUACAAUCUCAGGAAUGGCUACGGGACCUUGCAUUCUUGGUUGAUAUUACUGAACACUUGAACAAUCUGAACAAAAUGUUGCAAGGCCGCAAAAAAAUUGUCACACAGUUUUCGGACAACAUACAUGCAUUUAAGUUGAAGCUGACUUUGUGGGAGAUGCAACUGGCAAAUGGCAUCCCUGCUCAUUUCCCCCGUCUGAGAGAAGUGUGUGUGACCAGACCUGAUGCGGACAUGAAACGGUACAAAGACAAAAUUGCAGGACUACUGCAGGAGUUUGAGAAACGUUUUCAGGUAUUUGGUGAACUUGAGACAGAAUUUUCAGUUUUUCGCUCACCUUUCACAGUUAAAGCUUCUGAUCUGCCGGUCGAAAUUCAGCUAGAGAUAAUUGAUUUGCAAUGUGAUGCAGAUUUGAAGGGCAAAUUUGCCUCUGUAGGUCUGGACAGAUUUUAUCAGUAUCUACUACCAGGGUACCCCAAAUUAACAACCCUGGCUGCUAAAAUUUUGUGCAUGUUUGGGACAACCUACCUUUGUGAACAAAUUUUCUCAGUGAUGAAUCUCAAUAAAACAAAAAUGCGUUCAAGGCUCACAAACAAGCACUUAAAUGACAUUCUGAAAGUGACAGCUAGUCAGGACAUGACACCUGGUGUUGAUGCACUUGCACAGGCCAAAAGAUGCCAAGUUUCAGGAACAAAUACAAGUCCAGACUAG